CUGAGUCACUGCCGGUAGAUGACAAACGCAUUCUGUAGCACUGCAUCCGCGCCCUGUAGGAACGUGCUGAGGUGUGCAGUUCCGAAUAUGUGGAGUGCCAAAAUGCAUUGAAUUUUCAGUGUUCCAUUCAAGGCAUCGUGAAGUUGGGCUCUCCGCAAGGCAUCAUCAGUGCUAUUUUGCCUCUCUUGCAAGUGAUCACAAGCAGCAGCAUUAUGAGCUUCCAAUCUAGCGCGAUAGUCUCUCUUCUUGGUAGCUCGGGCCUCUGUGGUUCAAGCGGCUGCAGUCUCACCAAGAACAACACGUGCAAUGGUACCAUUAAAAUCAGCUUUCCUGCCAUUGGCGGUUUCAGCACGUGCUUCGCAAACACGCAGACCUGCACAACCGGAACGUCUACAACGACCAGUAACAUCCAGUCCCUGUUUCAAGUUGUUGCGUGUCUCCUCAAGAAGCUUUCGCUUCCUCAGUUCCUGACAGUUCUCCGGGGCAUCGGCUGCCAGCUUGUGAACGCACUGAACUCGGCCACUCAGGGCGGAACGCUGCUUCAACUGCUCCUACUUGGCUUCAGUGCAAGCCUGCAGACCUCGCUUGGCCUAAAUUGUACUGCUAGUGGCUGAGGACACAAGAAGAGAGAGAAGUCAAUGGGGCCAGACGACACGCAAGACGUAUCGAUC